CGUCUUUGGUGUCCGGAGUCUUGUGCUGAAUUUUCUGGUGCACGUUUGGAGGAUUUGUUUGUUUGUUUCCUUAAAAUAAUAUGUGAGACUUUGUGUUUAAUUCUGGUGAGACGGGUUAGUCGCUAAUUAUUUUAAAAGCUCUGUAAAAACACAAUGGCGGCGGAAGAUACACCCUGCUCAGAGUUUAUAAACUGGGAGGUUGACUCUUCAGUUUGUAAUGGAUUCAAACACGAGAAGCAACUUUCUGCCCCACAAAGGAGAUACUACAGCUUCUGCAGGAGAAAGUCAUUUGCUGCCUUUGUGGCAUCCAAGAAGGACGGUAGUCACGAGGAAGGAAGCCCUUUGUGGUGCUGCUGCGGCCAGACGUUCAUCGAGCACGCCGCCAUUCACAAACACGUGGCCAGAGUGCACAAUGCUGAAAUACAGCAGCUCACACAGGACGAGUAUGAGCGUUUGUUGAGCCAACUGGAAGAAGAGCCCGAAGCAGCGCAGGUGCAGUUGAAUGAGCACAGUGGAGAAACGGUGGACGUCUCUGUGUGGAUUCCCGAUAUCAGCCACAUCUCUGAGGAGCAACUUAAAAACGGUCCAGGCAGGGUUCUGCUUUACUAUCACUACUGUCGCGUCGAGGAGCCACAUGUCAUCUGUGCUUGGCAGAAAGCUCUGUGUGAGAAACUCCACUUAACAGGCAAGGUGAGGGUGGCGACUGAAGGCAUCAACGGAACAGUUGGUGGCACCAACUUGGCCACUGACAUUUACAUGGAAGCAAUGCGUUCACAUCCACUGUUUGAGAUGGAUAAGGAGGAUUUUAAGACCAGUGACGGUGGCGCAGAGUGUUUUACAGAGUUGAAGGUUGGGGUCUACAAGGAGAUUGUACCAAUGGGAGUGGACCCUGAUGUUAUAUCUUACCAGCUGGCAGGAGUUCAUCUGGAGCCCGAAGAGUUUCAUAAAGAAGUGGAAGCUCUUCUGACUAAAGGAGAUUCAUGCAAUGACACCAUCCUCCUGGACUGCCGCAACUAUUAUGAGAGUAAAAUUGGGCAGUUCACUCAGUGCCUGGCGCCUAAUAUCCGUAAGUUCAGCUACUUCCCAGACUACGUGGACCAGAACCUUGAGCUGUUCAGAGACAAGAAGGUUCUGAUGUACUGCACAGGAGGGAUCCGCUGUGAGCGUGGCUCCGCCUACCUCCGCUUCAAAGAUGUGUGUAAGGAGGUUUACCAGCUGAAAGGUGGAAUUCAUAAGUACCUGGAGCGUUUCCCCGAGGGGUUCUAUCGUGGAAAGCUUUUUGUGUUUGAUGAACGCUACGCCAUCUCUUCAAACAGUGACAUCAUCUCAGAUUGCAGGUACUGCGGCCAUCCAUGGGACCAGUACAAGCUCUGCUCCACCCAGUACUGCUGCCAGCUGGUUCUGUCCUGUCCGAGCUGCAGACUGGACGGCCACACCGCUUGCUGCCCCACGUGCAUGACCAAAGGUCAGGCUCAGUCCGAGGAGACCUCACAUCAUAAAGAGGAGUGCGAGUGCACUGACGGACGCCCCAGAAUCCCUCAGGAUGUGUAAAAUGAUCAGACUUCAGUGCUUAAAAAUAACAUAAACAUAGUGUAAAAUGUGUGUGACAAAUUUUCAAAAUAGGAAAUUUUAUACUUAUGUAUGUGGGAAAUUAAGUCGGAUACAUUUUAACUAAUGAAAAUAUCUGCUGAACCUGUUUUUAUCAUGUGAAUAUUGUGAACAUUUUGUCACUAAUGAAAGCUCAACUUCAACUUAUUGUAUGUAUUAAUGUUUCUGUUUCGUACUUUUAAACUGUGACAAAUAUUUUGUCUCUUGUGUUUUCAAGCUGCUUAACAAACAGAUGCAUCAUUAUUUAGUGCUCCAUGUAUAACCAAGAUAUGCAUGCAUUACUAAGAUGCAUGCACAUUUGCUUUCCAAACUCUGGCUAGUGUAGCUUACUGAGAAUGCAGUUGUUGUUUAAAGAAACCACAAGCAGUAGUGCAUCUGUUUGCCUCGUGGCAGAAUGUCCCUUUAGCAUAUGUAAUAAUAGAUGCAUAUCAAAAACAGCUCCAAAGUAUGCAGUUACAUAAUAGGUUCAACAGGUCAUAGCAUCAAAGUUACAGCAACAGAAGCAGUAAAUGAAAGCAGUAACUAAAAUAAAGAGUAAAAUAAAGUUUUAAGAAAACAUGAUAUGACAGACAUGAAAGAGUGAGGUACCUGCCUGUUCUGGUAGGCCAGUCAAGCUGCACAGGGCUGGGCUGUGAGGACAUGUCUCACUAAAGGACGCUGGGCCCAAAUGAUGCUUGGGGAAUCUUUUUUUUCUAACAAUUUGGUCAGAAACAUGCAAAUCAAUAGCCAGAUGGAGGAGGCAUUCUUCAUCCUGUUCCUACUCAGACAAAGGAGCAGAUAUCGAUUCUACUGGGUAUGUAUGUGGACCUGUUCAGCUCUCCUCUCUAUAAAGGCCCAGUAUCUCAAGACUGGAACAGGAUGUAUCUACACUCUCAAGACUGUGCAAGGAGACAUAUCAUGUGUGGUUACGCUAUCAUUCCUUUCCAAAAAUAAACUAAAACCAUCAGCAGGAUAUACAGAAACAUCCACUACAGUAUAAUUUUCUCUCCAAAACCCCAAGCUGGAGAUGAUCUGAGACUAUGCUUUUCUUCUGUGUAAUACUAAUAUCUACCAGAAGUACUGAAUAUGUACUGACUGAGUACCACUGUUCAAAAAUUGAAUAAAGAAACAAACUAA